AUGGUUCUUCAGUAUGAUGAAAAUGUUCGCAACAUGCUGUAUCGGAGAUCAUGCCAAUACACGCAGAGCGGACUUGUGGAUGCCUCUGUCCUCGAAGCUGAUCUCGUCGAGAGGGUGAAGAGCUUCGCGAAGCGUUAUCCGAACAGCAGGACAGCCCAGGCUUGCAAGGCUGUGGAGGGAUGCACCCCCGACGCUAUCGCAGAAGCCAUCCGCUCGACAUGUCAGCAGGCACGACAGAGUGGUUUCAAGAUGAUGAUGCAGCAGAUUGAAGAAGCCAAGAAGGAGAAGGUCGAGACAUACACCGCCUCAGCAGGCAACGAGGCUCCGCAGUAUAGAUCCGAGAUAGCGAGUGCUGAUGAGAUCCCGGGAAGAGAGGACUUCAAGAUCGAUGGUCGAGCAUUUGCUGCCGUACAUCAAAUCCACAAACUUGCCAUGAAAGCCGGGCUUAGGUCAGAAAGGCUUCCGAAGUUCGUCGCUGUAGGGGCCAACGUCAUCUGGAGCGAGAGCGAAGCGAUGGAGGGAGUACACCUGACUCUGUUCAGCGAGGCCCCGAAGAUCAGGGAGGCGCUUGCAGUCGAGCUGACAGCUGACAGCUUCGACGGUGUCUAG